ACUGACUUUGCAAGAAUGAGACUAACACCAAGAGAAGUUGAGAAGCUAGGCCUUCAUAACGCGGGGUACCUUGCCCAGAAGCGUCUGGCACGAGGGCUUAUGCUCAAUUAUACUGAAACUGUUGCUCUCAUUGCCUCUCAGAUUCUGGAGUUUGUUCGUGACGGUGACAAGAGUGUGACAGAAUUGAUGGACAUUGGUCGACAACUUCUGGAAAGGAGGCAAGUUCUUCCUGCUGUUCCACAUUUAUUGGAUUUUGUUCAGGUUGAAGGGACAUUUCCUGAUGGGACAAAGUUAAUCAGUAUUCAUGAUGUGAUUGCUAGUGAAAAUGUAAACCUGGACCUUGCUUUACAUGGUUCUUUUCUACCUGUGCCUUCACCUGAGAAAUUUCUUGAAAUGGAAGAUAAGAUGGUCCUUGGUGACAUGAUCUUCAAAGGGGGGAGUGUCACACUUAAUCACGGAAGGAAAGCAAUAAGACUCAAAGUCACUAACAAUGGAGAUCGGCCAAUUCAGGUGGGAAGCCAUUAUCACUUUAUUGAGGUGAACCCCUCCUUAGUUUUUGAUCGAAGGAAAGCAUAUGGCAUGCGCCUAAAUAUACCAGCAGGAACAGCUACAAGAUUUGAGCCCGGAGAAUGUAAAACUGUUGUGCUUGUCAGCAUUGGUGCUGGGAAAGUGAUCAGAGGAGGAAAUGGUAUUGUUGAUGGUCCAGUUGAUGAUGCCAAUGUCGAAAUGGUGAUGGAAACUAUAAGGAUAGACGGUUAUGGGAAUCUGGAAGAUGAAAAUGCUAGUGAAGGUGUGACCGGAGAAGAUUCUGCUUUCACCACAACAAUUUCUUGCGAGGCAUACGCUAACAUGUAUGGCCCCACCACCGGUGACAAAAUUCGGCUAGGUGAUACAAAUUUGUACGCUGAAAUAGAAAGAGAGUUUGCUGUAUAUGGUGAUGAAUGUGUAUUUGGUGGGGGAAAAGUUAUAAGAGAUGGCAUGGGUCAAUCAUGUGGGCGUCCACCAGCUGAAUCUUUACAUAUUGUUAUAACAAAUGCUGUAAUCAUCGAUUACACUGGCAUAUUUAAGGCAGAUAUUGGUAUUAAACAUGGUCUUAUUGUUGCACUUGGGAAAGCAGGCAAUCCAGAUACCAUGGAAGGUGUUUUCCCUAAUAUGAUCAUCGGUGUUAACACUGAGGUUAUUGCUGGGGAAGGAUUAAUUGUAACUGCAGGGGCUAUAGACUGUCAUGUGCACUUCAUAUGCCCUCAGCUGGUUCAUGAAGCAAUAUCAAGCGGAAUUACGACAUUAGUAGGAGGUGGGACUGGACCCGCUGAAGGGACACGUGCAACUACUUGUACACCAGCUCCACUGCAAAUGAAAUUGAUGCUGCAGUCCACUGACGACUUCCCUCAAUUUGGAUUUACAGGGAAGGGGAAUGGUUCCAAACCUGAUGAGCUAUAUGAAAUAAUCAAAGCUGGAGCUAUGGGAUUGAAGCUGCAUGAGAACUGGGGAACAACUCCUGCUGCAAUAGAAAAUUGUUUGACUGUUGCAGAACUAUAUGAUGUCCAGGUUAAUAUACAUGCUGACACCUUGAAUGAAUCUGGAUUUGUGGAACACACAAUUGCUGCAUUUAAAGGAAGAACGAUUCAUACUUAUCACAGUGAAGGUGCUGGUGGUGGUCAUGCUCCAGAUAUCAUCAAAGUAUGUGGUGUUAAAAAUGUCCUCCCCUCGUCAACAAACCCAACACGCCCUUAUACUUCCAAUACUGUAGAUGAACAUCUUGACAUGCUGAUGAUUUGCCAUCACCUUAACAAGGAUAUUCCAGAAGAUGUAGCUUUUACCGAAUCACGGAUUAGGGCUGAAACCAUUGCUGCAGAAGACAUACUGCAUGACACGGGGGCAAUCAGCAUUAUAUCUUCUGAUUCACAGGCUGUGGGUCGCAUGGGAGAGGUGAUAAGCAGAAGUUGGCAAACUGCUCACAAGAUGAAGUCAGAAAGGGGGCCAAUUGGUCCUGGAGGCUUAGACAAUGACAAUCUAAGAAUCAAACGUUAUGUUGCAAAAUACACCAUAAAUCCAGCUAUUGCUAAUGGGAUUGCAGAAUUUGUUGGUUCAGUAGAGGAGGGAAAGUUGGCUGAUCUUGUUUUAUGGAAGCCAUCCUUUUUUGGGGCAAAACCUGAAAUGGUAGUAAAAGGUGGUGAAGUCACUUGGGCAAAUAUGGGAGAUCCUAAUGCAAGCAUCCCAACACCUCAGCCGGUGUUGUCAAGGCCGAUGUUUGGAGCAUUUGGCAAGGCUGGAAGUGCUAAUUCCAUUGCUUUCAUCAGCAAGGCUGCUUUAAAUUGCGGAAUUAAAGAGUUAUAUGGACUCAAGAAAAGGGUAGAAGCUGUUGGGAAUACCAGAAGUCUGACCAAGCUUGACAUGAAACUCAAUAAUGCACUCCCAAAUAUCACAGUAGGCCCAGAAACAUAUAUUGUGACAGCUGAUGGUGAGGUUCUCACCUGUGAUGCAGCAACUACAGUUCCCCUGUCUCGGAAUUAUUUCCUCUUCUAGUCUCCAUAGAAAAUGCUUGCAACUUUCACCAUGUAUUUACUUUUCGUUAUUAAAAUUAUGAGCAUCCUAACUAUCGAACGUUAUGAUCAUUUCAAGAAGAACAGACAAAAAACCCAUCCUGCUGGCAGCAAGCAAAGCAGGAACAAGCCAGGUAUUACUGAGUUGCUUGUUCGUCCAAGUUUGCUGGAAACUUAUGUUCUACUUAUUACAAUUUAAAACUGUGCGUCAUAGUUUCUGGUGUAACAAAACCUACUGUGCAAUGGCUUGCUUGCACUCGAGCAUUGUUAACAAUGGUUGCAAUUUGAUGUAACCAAGCAUGAUAUCCAGUCGCUUCAAUCGGACUUGAUUAUGAGCUGAACAUUAUUCCUCUUGUUUCCAGCAUUAAUACCAAAUCAAACAAUCUAAUAAUCUUCCCAGGUUGCAGGCUGCUUAUGUACAAAUAUACAUACACCAUUUUCAGCCUAGUUAGCACUUAGCAAACCUAUGUCCCUAGUUUCAACUUUCAAUAUAUGCUUCUCUACAAAAGAUGGAAUUGCACUUCAAAGUUCAAACUCAGUGUGGGAAUAUUUUAGUGUGAAAUUCCAUUCAGUGCCUGCUCCAUUGGCUACAUUCUGUAACCUUUAAGUGAUCAAUCAGGUCCACCACACUUUCUGGACGAAUGGAAACAUUGGGACCACAAAAGCACUGCCUAUUUUAAUGCAUGUCAAUUCGUGAAAAGAAGGAUCCUGAUUCCUGGACCAGUUUUAUCACAGAAAUUGGCAACACUAAAGAAAAUGUGUUGAGACAAUUAAUGUUACCAUAUCUCCAUAGGUUGUUACCAUAUCUCCAUAGGUUAAGUGUCCCACUUUCCACGUGCAAAUGCCAACUCUUUGAAGUAGCAGAUCAGAUUGUUUAAAAUAUGGAAUCGACAAUGCUUAAAGAACAACUUUAAGUAAAAAUAAAUCAAUUAGAACCGAAAUCAACACAAAACAAAGAACGCUUAUAAAAUAGAAGCUCUCGACCAUGAUAAACUUGUACAUACGUGAUUGAAAUUGAAUGAAUAAAGUAAAUUAUAGAUUGCUUUAGAACUUUGAAUGCUUAUAACUCACCAAAUUUAAUAUCUAAAAGUAAAUUACAAAGAAAAUGCU